AUGAGCGGUCGGAAUGCUAAGAAAAUCAUGGAGGACACAGACUGUAUCAGCAGGUUCUUCAAUGUAGAAGUAAAUAAAACAAAGAAUGUUAGCCCAAGAAUAUUACCACGUGCAUUUUCACCGAGCAAAACUUUAGACUCGUCGCAGGACCUCAGUCAGGCGUCCAUUGAAUCAGAAGAGCUCAGUCUGUCACAACUAACUAUAGAAGAACAAGAACCGCUUGACAUACAACCUUUUUUCAACAUCACACCAAGACCUAUGCCAAUAUCACCGCACUACGUAAUAGAAGAAGAAUUUGCAUCCAACCCCUGGGCGAUGUUAAUAGCAACAAUUUUCUUAACUAAAACUUCAGGAAAAACCGCCAGGCCCUACAUAAAAACAUUCUUCGCAGAAUAUCCAACACCUUAUCAUGUUUUAAGUGACACGCCAUUAUCUUUGGAAAGGUUCUUUGAUAACUUAGGAUUAAGGAAAAGAGGUCAUAUGAUAUGGAAGCUCAGUUAUCAGUUUGUUUCUUCAAAAUGGCGACGAGCCAGUGACUUAUGCGGCAUCGGUAAAUACGGCGAGGAUGCCUAUAGGAUAUUUUGUCUGGGUCACACGGAUGUAGACCCUACAGACAGGUAUUUAAAGUUGUAUUUAGACUGGUUGUGUGGCCACACUGAGUUUUUGGAGGAGAAUGGAGCGGUAGACAGUGAAUAUCUAAUUGAAGAUCCGAUUAUGAAGUAUUAUAGAAUUACUUUGAGAGAUGGGAAUUCGAUAUCUGUAUUAUAAAUAAAAAGUAUUCUUGUAAUAAGUUUUAUGUCUUGUGGUAAUGUUUAAUGUUAGUGUUUAUUUUAAGUUAUCUGUGG